UAAACCCUGACAUCCCAGAGAGGCUGUGUUCCAGCUUUAAAUUCAGGUUUUGCAUCAACCAACAUUUAAUGAGAUUUUUUUCAGCUGAAGACGAGAGCGAAGGUGACGAAGAUUCCGAGGAACAAGACGAAAGUGAAGCACAGUCCAGUGAUGACGAUUGCUCAGUGCAUAUGGAGACAUGCGCAUGUUGUGAUGGCGAGGGUGAACUCCUAUGUUGUGAGACAUGCCCCCUGGUCUAUCAUCUGGAGUGCGCUUACCCACCACUCAGACGUAUACCCAGGGGUGAUUGGGCGUGUCAGGUGUGCACUGGCGCUGAUCGGGAAUUGCCAAGUGGACGGAGAGUUAAGAAAACUGUCAUUAAAGGUGAGUCAACGCUCAAUUAUUGUGUAUAAUACUAGACUAACUUUAUUUAUAGUGGAUGACUCUAGUUCAAAACUGUUCUCCCUAGAGGUCCAGUAAGGAUGAUCCAGUGUUAUUACAGGAGGAAACCUAAAUUAAACUAACUUUAUUUAUACUCUAUCAGCUCUAAACUGUUCUCCCUAGAGGUCAAGUAAGGAUCAUCUCUUAUUGGUCCAGUAUUACAACUAACAGGAGGAAACCUAAACUAAACUAACUUUAGUCAUACUGGAUAGCUCUAUCAGUUCAAAACUGUUCUCCCUAGAGGUCCAGUAAUGAUCAUCUCUUAUUGAUCCAGUGUUACUACAGGAGGAAACCUAGACUAAACUAACUUUAUUUAUACUGGAUAGCUCUAUCAGUUUUCCAAACUGUUCUUCCUAGAGGUCCAGCAAUGAUCAUCUCUUAUUGAUCCAGUGUUACUACAGGAGGAAACCUAAACUAAACUAAAUUUAAUUACGUAUACUGGAUAACUCUGUCAGUUCUAAACUGUUCUUCCUAGAGGCCUAGUAAGGAUUAUCUCUUAUUGAUCUAGUGUUACUACAGGAGGAAACCUAAACUAAACUGACUUUAUUUAUACUGGAUAACUCUGUCAGUUUUAAACUGUUCUUCUUAGAGGCGUAGUUAGGAUUAUCUUUUAUUGAUCUAGUUACUAAACUGACUUUAUUUAUACUGGAUAGUUCCACUUUCUCUUCAGUCAUUUUACGACCUUGAGUAGAGGUCCUACCAAGGAUUGAACCCAUGCAGGUAACCCAGCUUGGAAGGCAAGCGCGAUGGCCAUGACACGGUCGAUACCACACGAGCUGGUCAUCAGAUUCAUUGUAUUAAACUAAUUACAUUGAUAUAUUAGAUUUAUAUUUAUAGUUAAAUAAUUAUAUUUAAUUUACCAAACGUUCUCACAUCACUUGCUUUAUACUUAAGCAAUUUUCUAUUUUCAGCUGCUGAAAAAAAUGUGAAGGACAAAAAGACGUCAAAACCCGCUGCUAAAAAGGCCAAGAUUGAAAUCAAACCAUCCAAACAAAAGCCAAGCAAAAUGAAAACUGAUAAAGAGCCAAAGAAGUCAGCAAAACGCCAAAACAGUGGUUCAAAUUCUCCGGCAAGUGGCCAGACUCGAAACACAGCAACAGUUCGAGUCAAUGGACCCAAAUCAAGAACACCAAAAGCCUCUGUCGCCCCAAGACCAAGUGGUUUAUCAAAUUCUGCACCACCAUCCAAAUCUGUGAGGUGGCCAACGGCACUCGCAAAGAAAUGUGAACGACUUUUGAAAGAAAUGAUGACUCAUGAGGAUUCGUGGCCUUUCUUGACUCCUGUUAAUGACCUUGAGGUAUGCUACGCUUUGUAUCUAAAGCUUGCUGCACACGAAAGCAACUUGCUGAGCUAACCGCCUCGCGUGACAGCUAGCUCAGAAAGUUUGUUGUGUGCGGAUAGUUUUUAAUGAGGAUUUGACCUCUCGAGGCCUUGAGGAAAUUAUCUAUCGUGUUUGAUAUUUUUCACCUCGCGAGGAAAAAAUCUCAACGUCUGCGGAUGUUGUGAGCUUAGUGCUGAGCUGCUUAGCCAAUGAGAAACCAUAGUUUCUUCACGUGACUUUGAACAAAAUGGAGGAAAAUGCAAACGAUUUUGUCAAUUAUGUUGCCGGUGAGUAGUUUUCCCAACGUGUGCGGUGAAAACGCAUAGCUGAGCUAGCCGAGUCAGCUAGCUCAGCGCCGCCUCAGCAAGUUUCUCUCGUGUGAAGCAGGCUUAAAGACGACCCUAGCGUUGUCUGUGCAAUAUAUUUCAAAACAUUUUUUUAUUAGUCGAAAGUUAUUGUUUUGAUCACACAAAUGGUUUUCGAUAAUUUUCAGAAAUUUUCGAGUGAGUUGAGGUAGUUGUUUUAAUUUUUCAAAAAUUUAUUGUGGUCCCCCUUUGUUGACCCUCCUAGGUUUGCCUGUUGUGCCACCCCGUUUUUGCAUUUGACCAAUAUUUUACAAAACCUGUUUUUAUCAAAAAUUUACUGUGGUUACAUGUGGUGCCACCUUUGCAUUUGACCCAAUUUUGUAUAAAUUGUUUUGAUAAAGCAGGGUUCGUAGCGGUCUUUGAAAUCCUUGAAAGUCUUUAAAUUUGAAUGCAGGUCGUUAAGGUCUUUGAAAAGUCUUUGAAUUGUGUGAAAAAGCGAAGAAAGUCUUUAAAGGUCUUUAAAUUCUUUAGUGAGGAAUUGAUUGUACGAUUUCAUAGCUAAUAAAAUAGAUUUAUUGAAGCAACAUUUUCGCAAGUAUCGACGAAAAGGCGCAUUUUAGGAUGUGAUUUGACGGGACCAAUUAUUGAGUAAAAUUGUUGCUUUCACUUGCAAUUUUUCGACAGCUGAUUGCUCUCAAAGGUCUUUGAAAAGUCUUUGAAAAUAGGCAGCAAAAAUCUUUGAAAGUCUUUGAAUUUUUUUGGUCUUGGAGACUAUGAACCCUGUAAAGGAAAGCUUUUUUGCUAGGAUUACUGGUUGUAAUGGGAUUUCUUAAAAAACAAAAAAGCAAUCAGAUGAAUCGUGCCUUUUUUAAAACAAUUUUUUUCUUCCUUUAGGUUCCAGAUUACAAAACAAUUAUCAAAAUUCCGAUGGAUUUACAAACAAUAAAAACUAAACUAUCCGGUCAUGGAUACAGCUCAACGGAAGAGUUCACGGCUGAUAUACGGCAGAUAUUUUUCAAUUGCAGCGAGUACAACAAGCCGCGCACGAAAGAAGCGCGUGCCGGUAUCCGUCUGUCCGCGUAUUUUGAAACACGUUAUGGGGAACUGGGACUAGACUCUAGCGAGCAGCGUGGGCCUAAAACUAGACGCUCGCGAUAAUGACGUAAUUGUUUACACUGAUCUGAAAUGUUAGCUGGAUAGCGUCUUCUAUUGUUCAAUUGAGAUGAAGGCAGUUCAACUUUAUGAGUGUCUUUUUAAGAUGUCUUCGAAACAAUAGAAUCAUCAAUCCUGUUAUAUUGUCAGAUCAGUGUUCACCGUAAAAAUCACGUGAUUUGCACACAAUUUUAAUAAUUUUCUCUUUGCUUUCAUAUACAUGUGUCAUAAUUAAGAAUUGUAGAAAACGUUAGCGUACAUAUCCUUUGUAAACAAAUAAAUGUUAAUAGUUGAA